ACCCACAGUAAACUCAGUUGUUUUAUCUCACCGGGUCUGCUGGCCGCUGGUCCGUACUUGCGACGGACCGAUGGUGAAAGUCCUGCAGUUAUAAAGAAUAGUACAGGCGCCGUAAUCCUCAAGAUGUUAUGCAAUAACAGGCUCUGCAUGCACGGAAUGAAAUAGCUCACAGUUUGGGACAAGAUGCUCUGGCAGGAGACCCUAGCAGAGGGAACUCGUGGCUUGAUGUGCUCCCGGGUGCAGACCAGUGCUAUGAGGCUCAGACAAAGCGGCAGUCAGCGUAUCUGUUAGGUGAAGCAGAGACCCAGGUGCGGUAGAUGAAUCAUUUGGAUCCGUCGCAGUACGGGACCAGCGGCCAGCAGACCCGUGUAAGAGGUGAGCAACCAACAUCUCCGAGCCGGUCACACCGAUGCCUCCCCGACCUUCCGCUAGGCAGGCCUCCAGCCUAUCACCGAAUGCACUGACGCAUCCACCGUCCAAACUUCACGCAACAACAUCUCCGGUCCGCCGACCCCAGAGAAUAGGUAUCUGCUGACAAAGUGAGGAACCAAUGUGCGGACGUCACAUUUUACAUAGAAGAUGGAAGAAGACAUGGCAUCUGGACCACAUGGAAAAGAAAAGGAGAGACAACAGAGAAGACCUCACUCAGGUCAUUCAUAUCACUGUGUAUUCUCCUGACUGUCCCAUCAGAGCUGGAGUCACUUAUUAUUCAAAAAUGGGCAUCCGUUCAUUUUAUUCUGUGGUAAAUGUUAAGGCUCAGAAGGCUCAGAAGGCAGCAACAAGAAAAAAAGUCAGCCUGGUAUGUCUUCAUCCUUUGCGGAAGGUGAAGCGUUUGAGAAGGAUGAUGCUGAAUAUGACACUGCUGAAAUGAUAUCAGAUGAUGAGGAACCUUCAUUCCAGAUUGAAGAAGCUAGCACCUCCUCACAAAGCAAUGUCCUACACGGUGCUUAUGAAGAGGAUUUCAGUGAAGUUGAACCAACACAGAGUGCACAAACAUCUGCUAGCACUGAAAAAACAACAAUACAGGGACCAGAUGAUAUCAGCCAGUGUGCUUCUGAAGGACCAAGACAGCCUGUAUUGAAAAAAUACCCACAGAAACAAAUAGGAGCUUGCUUCAGGUCAUUUAGACCACAGUGGUUUCAAUCAUUUGAAUGGCUGGAGUAUUCCAUUUCCGAGGAUGCAGUUUUCCAUGCCUUUUUUUUUUACCCUCAAAAAUUUUCUACGGGCAUGUUAAAAAAGUACCAUUUAUCAACAUAGGGUACAAAAACUGGAAAAAUGCAAUUGUAACAGGUAAAGGAAUACUACAGCCUGAGAGGUCUGCUUCACACAAAGAUGCCUAUGUCAGAUGGGAGGAUUUCAAAAAGAAUGUUAGCCAGGAUACAUCAAUCAUGAAGGAUCUAACUAAAGCACAUAUAAGAGAGGUCAAUGAAAAUAGACAUUACAUAAAAACAAUUGCACAGGUUUUGUUGCUAACAGCCAAGACCAAAAUUGCCCAGCGAGAACAUCGGUGCAACUCAGAUGAUGUCAAUCAUGGAAAUGUACGUGAAAUUCUUUAUUUAAUUGCAGAAAAAGACAGCGUUGUCAGAAAAAAAAUUAGCGGACCAAAAAAUGCAACAUAUUUACAUCCAUCUAUCCAAAAUGGACUUCAGUCAAUUAUGGCUGAUCUUGUUAGAGAAGACAUUGCACAGAGCAUUAAAGGAAGUCCCUUUUCCAUCAUUGCAGAUGAAACUAAGGAUCUUAGUAAAACAGAACAACUGUCUGUCGUAGUCCGAUUCUUUCACAAUCAGAUGGUCCAUGAAAGGUUCUUAAAAUUCUACCGAGCAGAUAGCCUUGACGCCGAGUCUCUAACAGGAUAUAUAUGCCAUGUCCUAACAUCUCUAGGCAUUGAUAAAAAUGAUUGUGUCCGACAAGGCUAUGAUGGAGCCUCUGUAAUGAGUGGCCGUCUUAAUGGCGUUCAAGCACGCAUUAAAAAGGAGGUGCCUUGUGCACUAUACAUUCAUUGUAUGAGUCACCGUCUCAACCUGGUCAUCGUGGACACUGUUAAAAAUGUACAGGCAGCAAAUAAAUUUUUUGUGAAACUUGAAAAGCUGUAUGUGUUUUGCAGUACCUCUGUAGUCCAUUCAGUGUUUACUAAUGUGCAACAAGAAAUGUCAAAUAAACCAGUGAUUCAGCUGAAGCAAUUAAGUGACACAAGGUGGACAUGCCAACAUUCAGCCUGCAAUGCUGUUCUGAAAACACUUGACCCUCUGUUGGAAACCCUCAAGAUUUUAGCAGAAGGAAACCAUACUGAGAGAGCAGUUGAAGCAAAAUCAAUUCACUAGUUCAUUGAUUUUGGCUUCAUUCUGGCACUUGUGUUUUUUGAGAGUAUACUAAAAAGGACCCAGAUACUCUCUUACAUGUUACAAGGCAGAGAUCUUGACUUUGCAUCAGCUGUCCUUCUUGUACGAACAAUUAUACAAGAGCUUGAAGAAGUGCGCAAUCCAGAGAGUGAACCUGAAGCAUCUGCUAAUUCUGGAACAAUAGGUUGUGUCUGGGCAGAAACAAUCCAGCUGAGCAUGAAGUGUGGUAUACCAGCACCAAUUGAUGAUUAUACUGAACCACCUUCCAAGAAGCGAGAUUGCCGGCUUCCUUUGUACUUGAGAAAUAGCAUCAUUUCGGAAACUGUAGGUCAUCGACAACAACUGCUCAGAAAAGAUGAUUUCAUUAAAAAAUUCAUGUAUGUUGUUCUUGACAGAAUACUUUCGGAACUAAAAUCUCGCUUCUCAAGGGAUUCUCUGGAGAUCAUGGAAGGUGUACAGUCUCUGAAUCCCCGAUCUGAUUCUUUUCUUCAUUUUGAAAAAUUGCAGCCAAUGGCUAAUUUUUACUCAUGCAACAUGGAAAACUUGGAGAUUGAGCUGAAGCAGGCAAU